GUGUAAACAUGGCGAGCCUUGCAGAUGUCGGCUGGAAACUCUUGGAAUUUAAAGCCCGAUCAAAAAGAUCAGAUUUGUGAUUUAGCUGAGAGAAACCACUGGCCUUAAUUUCACCUUUUGAGAAUGGCUGCAAAUGCCCGGCCUCAUCGGAAAGUUCAAAGACUCGGUUCCAUCUAUGAACCCCUUAAGCUGUCCUUUCUGCAGCGUGCGGAUGAACCCCUAUGGGAGAAGCUGGACCGCUACUACAAUGCUGUCAAGACAACCAUCCUGAACUACCAGAGUCCCACCACUGGCCUCUUCCCGAUCAAAACAUGCCCCACCUGCAAAGAGGCUAAGGUCCGGGACUCCCUGUACUGUGCUGCCAGUGCUUGGGCCCUGGCUCUGGCCUACCGACGCAUUGAUGACGAUAUGGGGCGGACCCAUGAAAUGGAGCAUUCUGCCAUUAAGUGCAUGAGAGGAAUCCUCUACUGCUACAUGAGACAGGCUGAUAAGGUGGAGCAGUUCAAACAGGACCCCAACCCCUCCAAGUGUCUGCACUCUGUGUUCAACGUAGACACUGGGGACGAGGUGCACUCCUACAGCGACUACCACCACCUGCAGAUCGAUGCCGUUUCUCUGUUCCUGCUGUACCUGGUGGAGAUGAUCUGCUCGGGUCUGCAGAUCAUUUACAACACGGAUGAGGUUUCCUUCAUCCAGAACUUGGUUUUCUGUGUGGAGAGAGCCUACAGGGUGCCUGACUACGGCAUGUGGGAGAGAGGCAGCAAAUACAACAACGGCAGCACUGAGCUGCAUUCCAGCUCUGUGGGCCUUGCUAAAGCUGCUCUGGAGGCCAUCAAUGGGUUCAACUUGUUCGGAAACCAGGGCUGUUCAUGGUCGGUGAUAUUUGUGGAUCUGGACGCCCACAACAGGAACAGGCAAACACUGUGUUCCCUCCUGCCCCGAGAGUCCCGCUCACAUAACACAGACGCAGCCUUGCUUCCAACCAUCAGUUAUCCUGCCUUUGCAGUAGAUGAUGACGCCCUCUACAGCCAGACACUGGACAAGAUUGUCCGCAAGCUGCGUGGCAAGUACGGCUUCAAGCGUUUCCUCCGGGAUGGCUACCGCACCGCUAACGAGGACAAGGAACGCCGUUUCUACAAACCUGCUGAAAUGAAGCUCUUUGAUGGGAUCGAGUGCGAGUUUCCCAUAUUUUUUAUCUACAUGAUGAUUGACGGGGUGUUCCGAGGAAAUCAAGCUCAAGUCAAAGAGUACCAGGAACUCCUUGCACCCAUCGUCUUCCAGUCUUUUGAGGGCCAUGCUGUGAUCCCCAAAUACUACUACGUUCCGGCUGACUUUGUGGAGGCGGAACAGAGCAAACAUGGGAGCCAGAAGCGUUUCCCUAGCAACUCCGGUCGUGAUGGGAUGAUCUUCCUCUGUGGUCAGGCACUGUACAACAUCGCCAUGCUUCUGGUGGAUGAGCUGAUCAGCCCCAAAGAUAUUGAUCCAAUCCAUCGCUACGUUCCCCGCCAAGACCAGCGCAAUGUCAGCAUGCGAUACUCCAAUCAGGGUCCCAUAGAGAAUGAUGUUGUGAUUCACGUGGCCCUGAUCGCAGAAAGCCAGAGACUUCAGGUGUUUUUAAACACCUAUGGCAUUCAGACCCAGACGCCCCAGCAGGUGGAGCCCAUCCAGAUCUGGCCUCAGAAAGAAUUGGUCAAGGCGUACCGUUUCCUUGCCAUCAAUAAGAAGCUGGGCUUGAGUGGGCGUCCAGAUAGGCCGGUGGGCUGCAUCGGGACCUGCAAGAUUUAUCGUAUCCUGGGCAAGACGGUGGUGUGCUACCCAAUAGUGUUUGAUCUGAGUGACUUUUACUUGUCCCAAGAUGUUAUGCUGCUGAUUGAUGACAUUAAGAACGCCCUGCAGUUCAUCAAACAGUGCUGGAAGAUGCAGGGACGUCCUCUCUUUCUGGUCCUCAUCCGUGAAGAUAACAUCAAGGGAAGCCGCUUCAACCCGGUCCUGGACAUGCUGGCUUCGUUCAAGAAAGGCGAAAUUGGAGGGGUCAAAGUUCAUGUGGACAGACUUCAGACCCUGAUAUCUGGAGCUGUGGUGGAGCAGUUGGACUUCCUGCGUGUCAACGAGGCAGAGAUCCCAGAGUUUAGGAGCUUUGAGGAGCUGGAGCUGCCAAAACACUCCAAAGUGAAGAGACAGAUGAGCACACCCAACGUGUCAGACCUGGAGCAGCAGCCGGAGAUCAACGUGGAGGAGUGGCUGCAGAAGCCAACCAAUGAGAUCAUCCAGAAGUUCCAUGACAGCGACUGCUUGGCAAGUCAGGCUCAACUUGCAAGCAUCAUUUUGAGGAGAGAAGGUCCGGCAUUCCUUGCAAAAGAUGAGAACCUGACGGAUGAACUUGAGAGACUCUACAGAAGAGCUGGCAGCAGAAAGCUUUGGUCUGUUGUCCGUCUUGCUGCCAGUCUCUUAACUAAGCUAGUGGACAGCCUUGCCCCCAGUAUUACUAGUGUUUUAGUGCAUGGCAAGCAGGUGACCCUCGGCCUGUUUGGGCAUGAGGAGGAGGUGAUCUCCAACCCACUAUCGCCGGGGGUGAUCCAGGGCAUCAUCUACAGCAAGUGCUCCCCUCACGGAGGCGAGCGAGAGGCCGUUCUUCAGCAGGAGCUGGUCAUCCAUAUCGGAUGGAUCAUCUCCAACAACCCAGAGCUGUUCAGCGGCAUGCUCAAGAUUAGAAUCGGAUGGAUUGUUCAGGCCAUGAAGCAUGAGCUGAAGAUCGGGGCGGGGGACAUGCCACCCCAGGACAUCUACCAGCUCUCCCCAAGUGACAUCAAGCAGCUCCUACUGGACGUCUUGCAGCCUCAACACACCGGGAGGUCUUGGCUGAACAGGCGUCAGAUCGAUGGCUCUCUGAACAGGACCCCUCUGGGUUUCUAUGAUCGUGUGUGGCAGAUCCUGGAGAGGACCCGCAAUGGCUUCAUGGUGGCAGGGACUUACCUACCUCAGCAACCGACUUUGUCCGACAUGACAAUGUAUGAGAUGAACUUCUCCCUUCUGGUGGAGGACACACUGAAGAACAUUGUCCUGCCCGAGUACAGACAAAUCAUUGUAGAGUUGCUGAUGGUGGUGUCCGUAGUUCUGGAGAGGAAUCCGGAGCUGGAGUUUGCCGACAAGGUGGAUCUGGACGGUCUGGUGAAGGAAGCCUUUAAUGAUUUCCAGAAGGAUCGCAGCCGCUUUGAAGGCAUGGAGAAACAGGAUGAUAUGGAGGCAUUCUACAACACACCACCAAUGGGGAAGAGAGGCACCUCCAGCUACCUGACCAAGGCGGUCAUGAUCUUGUUGCUGCAAGGGGAUUUCAAGCCCUGCAAGGACGACCCGUGCACUGUUAGCUAGAUUUACAACGCUUAUGACCCCUAAGUCCAGCCCACUGCAGUGUAGUCAUCAAAUGAUCCUGCAAGGCAACUGAGUAUUCAUCACAUGUAUUAACAAGAUAAAUUCUAAGCUAUAAGCUUCCCCUUCGGUACGACUCACCCUGAUGGUACAAAGUACAAUUUUCCUCAACAGCAAUACAAUCUGAAAUAGCGUAGUUUAGCCUCUUCUAUCUGAGGGGUGAAAAUACAACCAUUCAUGUUUAAUAUAAAAAUGUUGAUUAAAGUGGCUGUGGUUAUUUAUUAGCAUUUGUAGCUAGUCAUGUCAAAUGCAACAUAGUUAGCUAACAUUUCCAAGAAAGCUGUUCUUUCAUCCUUAAACUGUAUACUAGCAGUUGUGCUUUAUAGCACUUAGAACAUUGCCUAAACUUGACACAUCUUUUCAUUUGAGUUUAGUCUCCCAUCUCUGUGGUGUGUGCAAAUUAAAUAGUUUUUAGUUAGCAUAGGUGGCUAGCAAAAUGCCAUCUACUCAUCUACUGGUAUUUUGCCCUUUCACUAUACGUUUUCAUUUAGCUUACUCUGUCCUAAGCUAAAAGGGUAUGCUAAGUUAAGCUAGCAGGCUGCUGGCUGUAGCUUUACAUUUAGCAUACAUACAUGGCAUCCAUCUUUUCAUCUAGGACUCUGUAGUUAGGGGAAUCUACAUAUUUUAAAACAUGACAAACUCUUUUCUUUGUAUCUGUUUCUCGAAAUGUUUUCAGGUAUUAAAGCGUAAUGGCACUUUGAAUUAAUAAAUGAACAAUUAGCUCAGAUGUUAGCUCACCAGCAAUAACCUAUAGCCAUUACUUAACAAUUUGUCAGUUUAAGGUCACGUUGUAUCAUGAGGGUUGUUGUCCCAAAACUGAUGCAUAUGCCUCCCAGGAUCCUUACCAAUGUGUCACAUAUCUCUAGAUAUAUAGAGAGAAUAUAGGAUCCAUCAGAAUACAUGCAUUAACCUUUAUCUUAAAUAUACGUGGGUUUGAAAACAACUGCAAAGAUGUUUGGGUUUUAUACAGAAAUCCACAGCAUAUUUAGCUGAGGAUAGGUGUUUAUUGUAUUAGGUUGAGAUCUUAGUUGAAUGCUUUACCGCAUGCACAAUCUGCUGCAUGACAAUAGUUACUGUUUGUCAUUCCAUCCUGAUGGUAUAACACAUUUCUAGGCCACAAAAUAAGAGUUUUCAACAGGCCUGUUUUUCGAUGUAGGGCUCUGCAUGACGAUGACUCAUCUGAAGUCCUAGGACUGAGGACCUGUUAGAGAAUACCGUUUUAUUGAAUCGGGGCAGCAACAAAAACUGCUGUCAUCUUUAGUAAAAGUUGAUAAAAGAUUCACUUUGACUUAUUUUAAAGCGUGCCUCUCUGAAUAUACUCACUGUGAUGUAUCCGUCCAAUCUUGCCACUGUGUGUGUGUGUGUGUGUACAUUUGUUACCCAUGUCGUUCAAAAUGAGUAUUUUUAACUCACAACUGUAGUUUCAAAGAAUAAAGCUAUCACGAUAAA